GCCCAGAUUCAAACCAUUUCCUGCAGGAGCCGGAAGACCGUCCCGGACGGCGUUCGGGGCGGCCUGUGUGUGGAAGCGAGCUCUGGGCCGCCGGCCUUCCCGCGCCGGCUAGUCGCCCCAUGCCGCGGGCUGCGGCCGCCAGCCCCCGCUCGCAUUGGCGGUGCUGAGGCGCCGGGGCGACAGCGCGCGAAAUGUCGUCGGGCCUCCGCGCCGCCGACUUCCCCCGCUGGAAGCGCCACAUUUCGGAGGAGCUGAGGCGGCGGGACCGGCUGCAGAGGCAGGCAUUUGAAGAGAUCAUCCUGCAGUAUAACAAGUUGCUAGAAAAGUCAGAUCUUCAUUCAGUGCUGGCCCAUAAGCUACAAGCUGAAAAGCAUGACGUCCCCAACAGGCAUGAGAUAAGUCCUGGCCACGACGGUGCAUGGAAUGAUAGUCAGCUACAAGAAAUGGCCCAGCUGAGGAUUAAACACCAAGAAGAACUGACUGAAUUACACAAGAAACGUGGGGAGUUAGCUCAGUUGGUGAUUGACCUGAAUAACCAAAUGCAGCAGAAGGACAGGGAGAUGCAGAUGAAUGAAGCAAAAAUUGCAGAGUGCUUGCAGACCAUCUCUGACCUGGAGACGGAGUGCCAAGAACUGCGUGGUAAGCUUCAGGACCUCGAAAGAGCCAACCAGACCCUGAAGGAUGAGUAUGAUGCCCUGCAGAUCACGUUUACUGCCUUGGAGGAGAAACUGAGGAAAACUACUGAAGAGAACCAGGAGCUGGUCACCAGAUGGAUGGCCGAGAAAGCCCAGGAAGCCAACCGCCUCAAUGCAGAGAAUGAGAAGGAUUCAAGGCGGCGGCAAGCCCGGCUGCAGAAAGAGCUUGCAGAAGCGGCGAAGGAACCUCUACCCGUUGAACAGGAUGAUGACAUUGAAGUCAUCGUGGAUGAAACCUCUGAUCACGCCGAGGAGACUUCUCCUGUGCGAGCCAUCAGCAGAGCGGCCACUAAGCGACUCUCGCAGCCUGCUGGAGGCCUUCUGGAUUCUAUCACUAAUAUCUUUGGGAGGCGCUCUGUCUCUUCCUUUCCAGUUCCCCAGGAUAACGUGGAUACUCAUCCUGGUUCUAGUAAAGAAGUGAGGGUGCCAACGACCGCCAUAUGUGUGUUUGACGCUCAUGAUGGGGAAGUCAACGCUGUGCAGUUCAGUCCGGGCUCCCGGUUGCUGGCCACAGGAGGCAUGGAUCGGAGAGUUAAGCUUUGGGAAGUGUUUGGAGAUAAAUGUGAGUUCAAGGGCUCCCUGUCUGGCAGUAAUGCAGGAAUUACAAGCAUUGAAUUUGACAGUGCUGGAUCUUACCUCUUAGCAGCUUCAAAUGAUUUUGCAAGUCGAAUCUGGACUGUGGAUGAUUAUCGGUUACGGCACACGCUCACAGGACACAGCGGCAAAGUGCUGUCUGCCAAGUUCCUGCUGGACAAUGCGCGCAUUGUUUCCGGAAGUCAUGACCGGACCCUCAAGCUCUGGGAUCUCCGCAGCAAAGUCUGCAUAAAGACCGUGUUUGCGGGAUCCAGCUGCAAUGAUAUCGUCUGCACAGAGCAGUGUGUGAUGAGUGGACACUUCGACAAGAAAAUUCGUUUCUGGGACAUCCGAUCGGAGAGCAUCGUCCGGGAGAUGGAGCUGCUGGGCAAGGUCACUGCCCUGGACUUAAACCCGGAGAGAACCGAACUCCUCAGCUGCUCUCGCGAUGAUCUUCUAAAAAUCAUCGAUCUGCGAGUAAACGCCGUCAGACAGACGUUUAGCGCCCCUGGGUUCAAGUGCGGCUCUGAUUGGACCAGAGUUGUGUUCAGCCCCGACGGUGGUUACGUGGCAGCGGGCUCGGCUGAGGGCUCCCUCUACGUCUGGAGCGUGCUCUCGGGGAAAGUGGAGAAGGUCCUUUCAAAGCAGCAUGGCUCGUCCAUCAAUGCGGUGGCGUGGUCCCCCUCCGGCUCCCACGUGGUCAGUGUGGACAAAGGAAGCAAAGCUGUGCUGUGGUCAGAAUAUUGAUGGCACCUCCUCGAGAGAGAGCAGAGCCGAAGCCGGAGACGCACGCAGGCUCCCGCAGCUCUGUCCUGGCGGGGGGUGCGUUGGGUGUAGCUUUGACCGCCAGUGGAGAGCCCGAGCCACGUGGCGCAGUGGCUUCCUUUGCACGGGAUUUCCGAGGAUUUGGGCUGAGGUCUCUACGGCCUGAAGGAAUAACAGUGCGAGAACCUGACCCUGUAGUCACUUAGCAGAGGUGCGGGUUCUUGCCCUGAUUCGGUGGGAAACACUACUGGCUCUGAUCUUCCAUACCUCAGUGGGGGGAGCGGGGACACCUACCGGUUUCCUCGCAGGCCGGCAGUGCCGGGAACACCCCACACGCCUGGGGUCGGUUCUCCCUCCAGGCUUUCUCCCGACCUUCUACGGUUGGUUCUGGCCGAAUGCAUGUCCUGUCACCCUGGGGUCAUUUUCCUGGUGAACUCGCUUUAAUCAUUGGAUUAACAGAAACCCAAACAGGAUUACCCCUGUCCUCGGCUGCGGGGGCUGCCCUGAUUUCUGAGGAGACAGGACUGUGGUCCCUCCCCGUUGGUCUGUGUCAUUAUUACGAGGCUCUUACUCUGAUCUCAUCUGAUUACUGUUGGAAUUUCCUUAGCUCUCCCAAACUGUUCUUAGAAAGCCUCUGUUCUUCAAAGCUUCGGGCGUCCUUUCUCCCCAACAGUGCUAUAUACUAAUUUCUCAGUCAAGAGAUAAAUCCCAACUUGGUUAAAAAAUACUUUUUGGAGGCGGGAGAGGAAGGGUGCAAACCUUCUUCCAGGAAAGUGUGCUGCAGGGGCAGAGUGUAUUCCUGUGUCCGUCUGUAGACUCCCAGAAAGUGGGUGCACGCCACCUUCCAGGGGUGCCUCGCUUCUACCCGCGGGUGACGAGGGAUUGGAGGCCUCGAAUGUAUUCGCCUGGAGCCGGUAGUUCCAGGUCACUGCCCUUUUGCCAAGCCUACGUGCAAUAGCCCCUCGGUGCUUUAGUGCGAGAAGCCCAUUCCAAGAAGCAUGGGAAUGUCAUCUUUAGGUUUCAGGAGUUAUGAUCAAGGCCGGGGGCAACUGGCCUGUGGCUUUCUUUUUUGUUUGUUUGUUUGUUUUUUUACACAUUUAUCCUUAGCAUUUUACCUGUGUAUAUCAUUUUAGUUUUUGAGUGACUGAAACACCAAUACGUUUAUCACCUUUUCAUUUGCACUUUAUACUUUUCCUUCUGCACUUGUUCUCUGGACAGCUGUGGGUGACGAGAGCUGGAGCUGGGUGAGGAGGGGGGCCGCCGCCGUCCUCCCUCUUUCCCCGGCCCUCCUCCCCCCAUUUCAGCUUGCUCCAAGAGCUCAAGGGGAGGUGGAAUUCAUAGGCCAGGGCGCAGCUGUUAUUUAUUUAAUUAUGUUGCCCAACAGAACUUGAUUGUAAAUAAAAAAAGAAAUCUGUUCUAUACUUUUCAAA